CGAGCCGAUUGAAUGGCGACGCACAGUCGCCGUCGCGCCGAGUUAUGGCUGGACGACGAGCCCGCCGAGCCGAUGAAAGAGCUUAGCUUCUCGAGCAACAAGCGGCUCGCCAACGUAGCAAAGGGGCUUGCCAACCUCGCUUUAAAGCCACGCCGCGCCGUCAACCACAGCGAUCCUCGCCUUUCACUUCCGACGCGGCGCUUCGAGGCGCGACAGGCGUCGCUUGCCAGCGAUAUAUCGCGUAACCUCUUGUCGCCGACAGAGCGAGCGCUCGAUGCGCACAUCGCUUUUGUGCGCGACCUCGUUGAAGAUGGGCGCGUCUUUGAGCUUCGGACCGAGCUGCGAACGUUGAAGCGCGAGGUUUCUUCGUGGAAGACACAGUGGGUCUUUCUCAACAAGAGUGGCUCGGCGCUCGCGUGGCGCGCACCGACGUGGUGGCGACCGACGCCGGCGCGGCCGUCGACAUCUGGGUAUCUGAGCCGCAGCAAUGCGCUGCAGCUGAGUGACGUCGAGGACGUCAUUUCUACCGCGGUGGAACCCGCGGCGCCCAUGGGCAACGUUCACGGCCACGCGCUGCUCAUGGCAGGCCUCACCGCGCUCCUCGUGACGACCAUGUGGUUCCUCUCGGCGAAGCGACGCGCCCUGCGCACGUACCGGUACCGCGAUGGCUUUGCUGCAUUUGAGGACACCAAGGCGACGACAACGCCACGGCCCACGCGCAUGCCGGUUAUUCAAGACCGAUACCUCAAGUCCAAGGUGCCGUCGACGCUGGAUGCGAUCGUCGUGGGCAGUGGCAUUGGCGGUCUCGGUGUAGCUGCCAUCCUCGCGCGCAUGGGCUGGCGCGUGCUGGUCUUGGAGCAGCACGACCGCGCUGGCGGUGCCACGCACACGUUCGAGGACAUGGGCGUCGAGUUCGACACGGGCACCCACUACAUUGGCUCGAUCGACCCGCAGUGCCGCGAGUACAUGGAGCUCAUGGGCAUCGGCGACGAUGUGCUGCAGUGGGACCCGAUCGGUGCGCACGAAGACGGGUUUGCGUACGACAAGGUGGCCGUCGGCGAAAACGGUAGCUUCCAAGUCGCCUUUCCCGCGGGCCGCGACCGCUUCAUUGCCGAGCUUCUGCGCAAGUUCCCGGACGAGCCCAACCUCAAGGAACAGCUCGAGGCGUACGUCGACCUCUGCGAGCGAGCGACCAAGCUCUCCCAGUGGUUUUACACGCUCAAGGUCGUCGAGCCGCAGUGGCUCGGGUCGCUCUUGAUUCGCAUUGCGCUCUUCUUUGGCGACCGCCACGGCUUUAUGCGCCGCAACACGACCGACGUCAUCGACAGCAUCAUCUCCAACAAGCUUCUCCAGCGCGUAUUGUGCGGGCAGUGGGGCGACCACGGCGUGCUUCCCGACUCGGCGCCGUUCUACAUGCACAGCCAGAUCGUUAUGCACUACAUGAAUGGCGCGGUCUUUCCCCGUGGCGGGUCGGCCAAGAUCGCCGAGGGUCUCGUGCGCUCCAUCGAGCAAAGCGGCGGCCGCGUCCUAGUCAAGGCCUCGGUCGCACAAGUGCUUGUCGAGGGCGGGAAGGCCGUCGGCAUCCAGCUUGAGAACGGCGACACCUUCCACGCUCCCGUCGUCGUCUCGAACAUUGGGUUCUUCAACACGCGCGACAAGCUCCUCGACUCGUCGACGCUGGCGACUCUACCUCCCAACUGGCGGCAGUUUGAGGUCGUCGCCAACGCACAGCGGUCCGUGACCAUGUGCUUCCUCUUCGUCUCGCUCGAGGGCACCGUGAGUGAACUGGAGCUGCCGGCCUACAACGUCUGGUCGUGGCCCGACGUGACGGCGUCGACGACGUACACGGAGCGAUUCCAGGAGGUGCUGCAGAAGGACCUCCACGCGAGCACGUCGCGGCCCGUGACGUUUAUUGCGUUUCCGUGCGCCAAAGAGUCGACGUGGCACACGCGGUACCCCGGGAAGAGCAAUGCGCUCGUGUUGGCGAUGGUCAACUUUGAAGACUUUGCGCCGUGGGCCCACAUGAAGAGCGCCGACCGGGACAAGGACGUCGCGUACCAAGCGAUCAAGGCGCAGUGGAAAACCAAGCUCGAGAAGGAGCUGUACGCUUACUACCCGCAGCUGCAAGGCAAGGUCAAGGCCAUGGACGUGGGCACGCCGCUGAGCUACAACACGUACUUGAACGCAGACAAGGGCGAGGUCUUUGGCCUCGAGAUGGGCAAGUGGCGCUUUACGCCCGCAGCGUUUGACGUGCUCCGACCAUCGACGCCGAUUCCAGGGUUUUACCAGACGGGCCAGGACAUUGUCGCGAUCGGCAUCAUGGGUGCGCUCAUGUCGGGUGUCGUGACCGCGCACAACAUUCUGCAGUUUGGCCAGUUGCCGUCGCUGGCCAGCGGGCACUUUGACUUGUACGACGACUGCAAGCAAAAAGGUGUCGUGCGACCGUCCAAGGCCACGAUGGCCUAA